UUGAUUUUUUUCGAAUGUUAUCAACUGACACAGGAACCUAUUAUCUAUGCCAGGAACUUCAUUUCCAUUGAUGUCUAUUGUCUAUGGUGUUCAUUUAACCCUAAAUAAAAAUAUAGGAUUAAUACUAAUAAAAACUAAACAUUUAUAAUAUUGAAGUGGUUUGUGCUGUUAAUUUACUUUUCAGAAAAUUAUAAUGUGAUUUUGCUUGUAGUUGAAGUAUAAAUAUCUUUAGCUUUAAAUUAAAAAAUAAGAAAAAGUGUAAUGCAGCCCCAAAACAUUCUUGAAUAAUGUCUUCGUCUGAUGAUGAAGAAAAUCUUGAAUUAUUUAAAGAAGCGACUGAUGUUCAGUUUAUCAACGAUUCUAUGUUUAUAAAUUUGGGCAAAAGUAAGCCCUCUAAAGAAGAUAUUAACAAAGUCGCAGAAUGUCCAGAACGGUCCCUUAGAACAGCUAGAAAUAAUAGAGAUGAUGGCUCUGAAAUGUUAAAUGUAACUCCUCAAUUUCAAAGUUAUAUAGCUAAAAAACUAUCAAACAUUUUAGAGAAACAGAUUGAAGAAAGCUUAGGGGUGCAACAGAAUGUUAAAGAGUGUAAAAAAAGUAAAGAAAAGGAUGGUAUAAAAUUGCUAAGUAAUUCUACAAAAACUGUUACGGUUGGAGACAAAGCCAAGGAGUUGGAACGUAAACAAACCAAAAUUAAAAUUUGCAAAAGACCAAUGAAGGAAGAAAAGAGUGCAGUUAUAGAUUUCAGACAAGUUGCAGUAAAUCCUGAAGAUAUUAUUAAUGGGACAGAAGUAAAACAUUGGUCACAAUGGAGUAGAUCCAAGGUUUUCAAGUAUAAAAAGCUAGAGAAUGGAAAAUUAGAGUAUAUCGAGCCAGAAUUUGAAAAAAAUGUUAACUAAAGGAGGAAGACAUUCCCAAAUCUUGUAAAAUACAAAAUAAUAUAU